AUGGCGGCUCUAUUGUUUGUAACUUUGGAAGAAGUUUUGGAUAACUUUUAUGAGGAUACCUAUAUGCUUCUGAACAAUGAUGACAGAGAUAUCGAUAUUUUUGCUGCCGUGUCUGCUUUCAUGAGGAGGAAUCUUGAAAGAAAUCAAGAUUUUUAUGAAGCAAUCAUACCAUUGUAUUCGCUGGAUGAAUUUAGAUGUCAUUUUCGCAUGUCAAGAGGAACGGUUGAGCUUUUAUGCAGAGAAAUAGCAGGCACUAGACUAAUUCCUCCAGGAAACCGCUUUGGAAGAGCAGCUAUUCCCUUAGAAAAGCAAGUUUUGACAUUUAUUUGGUUCAUAUCUAACAAAGAAGUCAUGCGAUCCGUGUCAGACAGAUUCAAUGUGACACUUAGCAGUUUAGAAAGGAUUUUAUUCCGAGUGUCACGAGCAUGUGUUGACCUGAAACAGCAGUAUAUCAAAUGGCCAAGUGGUAAGUUAUUUGAGGGGAAAAUUUUUAGUUUUAAUAUGGUUUUAAUGUGUAUUGUGUAAAGUGAUUUCAGAGUGUUAUUUUUCAAUAAUUCUGAUAUAAUUAUGUACUAUGUAUGGUUGUACAAUACAAUGCUAGUGUUUUAACAUUUUCGUAAUUAAACAGGAAAUGAGAUGCAUACAAUAAUGAACAAUUUCACUAAUCGAGGAUUCCCAAGAAUAAUUGGUGUUAUAGAUGGAACCCACAUAAGGAUUAGAGCACCAACCAAGGAUCCUGUUGCAUAUAUCAACAGAAAGAAAUUUCAUUCACUCAAUACCCAGGUAAGCUAGUGCAAGACUAAAUUUUUUUUGGUCAUGUUUAAUCCAUUAAGCUGCAGAGCUUCCACAUUGACGAGUAAAACCAUCUGGUGUUAGACAAGUAAAAAAAAUAAGUAGGGCGCACUGGGGCACAUUGUGGCUCAAUGGGUUAACAAAAAUUUACCAAUUUUCAAGUUCUGUAUUCUAUUAUUCUAAUAAAUUAUUUUGUUUCCUCCAAGUAUUUGUUGUCUCCUCAAUAAUGCAACACUUCAUAUAAAUCCUGUUGCCUUAAAAGUGUUUUGAAUAUAAUUAUUAUUAAUUUUAAGGUUGUUUGUGAUGACAAUAUGAUUUUUCGUGAUGUUCUUGUGGGAUGGCCAGGUUCAGUGCACGACUCAAGAAUACUAAGAAAUUCUCAUUAUUUGCAACAGCUGCUACCAAGUUCCCAGGUGAUACACAUCUUAUUGGUGAUGGUGGAUACCCAUUGAAAUGGUAA